AUGAAGAUUGACACACCUGUGCUCCAUUCCAGCGUUGGCACUUCCGAAUUUUUGGACUUUUUUCACGUGAAUAAUAUGGUUCGAACGAUAUAUGGAAGGACAACAACAUACUACACGUUGCUGCCUUUCCCAUGUAGUGGGGAAAACAAAAAAUACGCACCUCCUGGGAGGAGUCUCUCAGAGAAGUGGACACAUACCCAGGGGAGAAAAGGGAAACUAUUUAACUCAUCACUUGGACUCACUUUUAUGGAUGACUUAAAAAGCUGCGGAUUUAAAAUACUUUCCACUUGCUGCCGCCCAAACGACUCCAGCGUGAACCAUCGCCUCGAAGAACUAGCAAACGUGCGGCUGAGCAAAAACGAGAAAUUUUUUAUAAUCCUGGGAAAUGAGACCAAAGGACUGAGCAAGGAGAUACUGGACAGAUCGGACAUCUGCAUAUACAUAAAUGGGCACCGCACAGAACAAGAACCUCCUACACCUGACUUGACCCCUAAUGGGAAUUUCACCCUAGACAGUCUCAACGUAAAUAAUGCGUGCGCUAUCGUAUUGCAUCACUUCACCUCUCAUUUGUCCUAG